GUUUCAAGGCUGCUGCGUUGCGCCACUGUGGACUUGUCGUUUUGGCCGUUUGGAUUAUAGUAAUCGUGUACACUCUAAGUCUGUCGGAUGACCGACAGGAAAGCACAGGAUGUUGAUGGAUGUUUUUUAUCAGACGACCAUGGCAUGCGCAAUUCGCAUGAUGGAAAUCCGAACAAAAAUACAUCACAUCAGUUUGAGCAAAAUCAUAGCUUUCGGGACAAGGAAUCGUGCGCUUUCUAUGAGCGUCAACAGAAAUAGCAUUUAUUUUGCGCAAUUUAUAAACUGCAAAUAUUUGGAUUAUUAUAGGCAGAGAUGGGUGGUGGCUAGCACGUUUCGUCCUAUCUAGGGCUUGUCAGCUGGAGUGAUGUACAAAAUGACUUAAAUAUUUGGGUGUUUCUGACAUUAUUGAAACCCAUAAAGUAUACUCGAAAUAUACGACCAACCCAAUCUUCAACAUAAAUAUCGUUUCAUCAUCAGUUAUUUUCAACUAAUUUUCAUUUUUUAGUCUUCGGUACCACUUCAAGAUGGGACAGGAAAUAGCGGUGAAGUAAUCCUAGUACGCCAGAAUUCAAAUGAGCGAGGUGGCUGGAAUGGGAAAUUGGAAUUCAUGAUGACAUGUAUUGGUUAUGCUGUCGGUUUGGGGAAUGUUUGGCGUUUUCCAUACUUGUGUUUUAAAAAUGGUGGAGGUGCAUUUUUAAUUCCAUAUACAUUAAUGUUAGCAUUACUUGGAUUACCAUUAUUUUUUCUGGAAUUCGCUUUCGGUCAGUUCGCUAGUUUAGGUCCAAUUUCUGUUUGGAAUAUUAGUCCAUUAUUCAAAGGUAUUGGUUACGCUAUGGUAUUUUUAUCAUGGUUAUUAAAUAUCUACUAUCAAGUUAUCGUUGCACAUUGUUUAUAUUAUUUUGGUGUUAGUUUUACGCAUACAUUACCUUGGACAGAAUGUAAUCCUCCCUGGAGUACACCUGAUUGUAUCGAUUCAAACAGAAUGAAUUACAGUAACAUCACAUAUCCUAAAACACCAUCAGAAGAUUAUUAUUUUAAUCAAGUUCUUAAAUUAUCACCUGGUUUCGAAGAGUUCGGUGCACCAGGUUGGGAGUUAUCUUUAUGCCUUUUAUGUUGUUGGAUUUUGUGUGGACUAGCGGUUAUUAAAGGUGUCCAGUCUCUUGGCAAAGUUUCUUACUUCACAAGUGUAUUUCCAUAUAUCAUGUUAACAAUUCUUCUCAUACGAGGAGCACUUCUCCCAGGCUCAGGAGCAGGUGUACUUUAUUAUUUAACACCUGAUUUUUCACGAUUAACAGAUCCCCAAGUAUGGGCUGAUGCUGCUACACAGAUAUUUUUCUCUUUGGGCUGUUGCAACGGUGGUUUAAUAACUGUGUCAAGUUAUAAUAAAUUUAAGAAUAACUGUUGUAGAGAUGCUGUCAUUGUGGCAAUCAUUAAUUGUGCAACUUCUGUCUACGCUGGUUUUGUGAUAUUUUCUAAUUUGGGUUUUAUGGCUUAUCAAAAAAAUACAACAAUUUCUGAAGUUGCAUCCAGCGGUCCUGGACUUGCUUUCAUUGUAUAUCCUGAAGCAAUGACAAAUAUGCCACUUUCUAGUUUAUGGUCGGUUUUAUUCUUCACAAUGAUGUUAACACUUGGUUUCGGUUCACAGUUCUCUAUAUUGGAGACUACUCUUUCUGGUAUACAGGAUGAAUUCAGACGAUUAGGUGUUCAUCUAACUGAAAGACGUAAAAUUGCGUUCCGGAUAUCAGUAUGUUGUUUGAAUUUUUUCAUGGGAUUGCCAAUGGUUUGUGCUGGUGGAUAUUAUCUUGUAACAAUAUAUGACAGUGUAAUGAGUGGUUAUGCUCCAUUAAUUGUUGCACUAAGUGAAACGGUCGUCAUUACAUAUGUAUAUGGUUUAAGACAAUUUCGAUGCGAUAUUGAAUUGAUGAUAAAUGAACGACCUAAUUGGUAUUGGCGUAUUUGUUGGCUUGUAAUUACACCAACUAUUUGUCUUUUACUAAUUAUUUCUGUAUUAACAAAUCGGAUUGAAUUAAAAGAGAAGAAUUAUUCUUUCCCACCUUGGGCAUAUGUAUUAUACCAAUCACUAUCUGCUGGGACUGUAUUAUUAAUCGUUGGUUGGUUUAUUUAUAAAUACUGCAGUGAAGGUGGUUUUCUAUUAUUAAAAGAAUUCCUAAAACCUGUACAUGAAUGGGGACCAGCCGAUAAACAACAUCGCGCUGAAUUUAUAUCAAUGAUUAAAUCUAACGAGUCACGUAUUAAUGAAGCUGGUGGCAAUCUUUAUACAUCACCGAUUGGUGGACCAACUACCAUAGAAGGCAGUCAAUUACAAUUAGGUUAUGGAUUAAAUAGUUCACUUAAAAGUGGUCUGGCUGCUGCUGGUGUUAUAGAUGAUACUAAAUUCUUUCAAAGUAAAUUAAAUGUUGCUGAAAAACUUACACAUGCUCAUACAAAAGAAGUAGUAAAACGAGUCGUCAGCAAUGCAGAUAUUAAUCCAGCCAACGCUGCUGCAUUAUUGUCAGCAAGUCAAACAAUGCGAAAAGUUACUUCAGGAUUGACCUGCGUGAGCAGUUGAAUAAAUGAUAAGGAGUGAAGUCUUUGGAUGCAUCAGACGCGUCGCUUGUAUUAGGAGUCUCAUCAGUCCUGGUGUUCUCGAGUCUGACGAAAUUUUGGCACUGAUUCAAAAGGCUCUAUCGGGUCUUGCCGAAUUGCGUCACUUGUGGAGUAGUCGAGAUGUCCGUCUCAGAACCAAAGACAAGUUCACUGCGCUGCAAUUUACCCCAAUCUACUUUUUGGAUGAGAAACUGAAUAAUCUAUGUCUGGGCUAGGAGUAAGGUACGGCGAGACUAUAGUUUAUGAAUGACAUUUGAAGGGAUCCCAAAUGACCUUGAAAAUGUUAGCCACUCAGGAAACAGUAUAGAGUAAAAAUUUAUUAUACAAAACGAAAGAAUUCAAAUGGGUAUACGUCGUUUACAUGAUUCAAAGACUUGUCAAGAUUAGAAAGAGAUUCAGAAGUUCUAAAAUCUUAAUGCACACGGUAGAGGAACUCAUCCAUAUGGCCCCAGAAUAGUCGGCCUCUGGAGCCAUGAUAAUGUCCCAAAACUUUUUCAGCCCCGAUCAAUAUUGUUUGUGUGCACUCUGUUGUGCAAGCUUGUCAUUUUUAUUACGCAUAUAUCUCUACAAUACUUAUACCACUGAAGAGCCGAAGCUUCAGUAACAUCUGUGAAUGUUGCAGCCAAUGUUACUGGUGCUUUUAUUGUACAGUUCGCAAUGAUUACCAUAAUUUGCCUUAGCCUCAAUCUGAGUCGAGCGAAAAAAGUUCCUAUUCCAACAGACUUCUUCCUCCAACAUAUAUUACAUCGAAAGACAACAUCACGGUAGUCUUCACAAGGUCCACAAAUCAUUUGAUUACCACAAUCACAAAUAAAGUAACUCCUUAGUGGUCACAUUUGUUGUAGCCGCUCAGUUAUCACAUCUCUAAAAUCCUCUGUCGACCGAUCGUUCGUGAGCAUCAGGUACCGAAAUUGAUUCGUCCAUAGAUUACAAUCUAUAGGGUACUACUUAGGGAUGACAGAUUGAUUGAUGGGGGAGUAAAUAUUCAUAAAGUGAUGUAGUUUUGACAUGUAUAGUUGCCUACCACCUACCUAGAUGGGUGAUGUUUACUGGCUGAGAGUAAGCUGGAAGAAAGCUAAGGGGAUUGAAACCAAAACAUGGCAUCAGUCUACUAAGUUAUUGACUAUUGAACAUGGACGUGUUAAUAGGUGUAGUCCACGUGGUUGGAUUUCUCGUUAUUAUCGUAUACAGUACUUUAAAGACUUUGGAUGAUAUGGCUCAAAAUAUUUUGCAAUGUCACAAAUGUAUCCAUUCUUUUGUCUUCUUAAAAAUUUUGAGCUCUUGAAUUUCUCAUAACUUCUUUUAUGUUUUCAGUUCACUAAUUUAUAUCUUCAAUAAUCGUGUGUUCGAUGACCAGUCUUUAUAUCCCAACUGACACUGUCACUGCC